AUGGAAGUCAGGCAAUUUUCUGCGUCAGGCACAAAAGAGCAAACUGUUUCUACGAUGGAAGUCAAAAUCUUGAACGGCAAGAUCAUUGUUAAGCUCGGAACAAAGCGUGACUUGCUCGAUAUAACCUCUGCAAAUUGGGAUGAAUUGUCAGGCGACGGAAGGGUGAAGCAGAUCCUUAUCACUUACAGCCAGGAUGCCAUCAAUUCUAUCCAAAUUGCCUACGAACAAAAUGAAAAACUAAAACUCACUCCUAGGCGCGGCGGUGACGGCGAUAAUUUGUACGCUAUGGGCCUUAGGUUCAACGAGCACUUUACCUCCGUUAGAGGGUACUUCGGAGUGACAAAAACUACCAACUACACGGUGAUCAGGUCGCUCCGCUUCGACACCAACCUUGGUUCCUUCGGGCCGUUCGGCUCCGAAGAGGGUACGCCGUUUAGCUUCAACUUCCACAACUUUUGCGGCUUCCACGGUUGCUCCAACUCCAAGUAUCUCAUCGCCAUCGAAGUUCACCUCGACAUUUCGAAUCUGAUACGCUUUCAGUACCCUACAGAACCGAAUGACGCGCGGAGGCCUUCGCUCUAUCAGACCAGAUAA